AUGUCAUCAGAGCGGUAGGAUGUCGAGUCGACAGUGGUCACCCUCUCAGCGGCCACCACUCAACCCUCUGGCGGCCGGGCAACACAACAACACAAUGAAGGGUUCAGACUCAUCCCCUGCCUCUACCAGGGCCCCGUCGGCUGCUGCACAGCCAACACUGUGCAAGCGACACAGUCCAGACAACCCAGUACUUGCUGAGAAUGAGAAUGCCCCGCUCUCCCUGCACAACAAGCGGCAGCGCACCAAGAGUGGCUCAGACCCAAUAGAGCCCCUGAUCCCUUCCUGUCAGGACAGUGCCAUACCUCCUGCAGACGCCGCUGGUGUGAAGGGGGAGUCCAUGCCGCUGUGUGAACAUAACAUUAGAACUUGUCGGAUAGAAGUGGGACAAGAGGCUGCCACGCCAAUCUCAGAACCUUCCUGUUCCUGUACCCAAAGAGACAGUGUCAGCAGCAGUAGUAAUGGUGGUAGUAGUGAUAGUGCAAGUAAUUUAGUGAGUGGGGAGAGUGUGAGAACUGAUGGCACAGUUGAGUGCAAGAAGGACAAUGAUUUGAGUGAACAGAGCAGUGUUGGCCUGUACUCCAGUCACCUGCCACUAGCCAACGGGAGCACGAGUGGAGGCCUGUCCCCCCACUGUGCUGCCACUCUGGAGUAUGUGACCCAGCUGCCUGAGGGGUGUUCUGGUGGGGGGGCAGACCCUUCAGUCCUGGAGGCCCCGAGCCUGAAUAGUGCCUGUGUACCUGAUGAGGAGCUGGAGGACGAUGACAACUACCUGGACUCGUCUGAGGAGGAGUUGGAGGAUGAACUCACGCUCACCAACAAUGAGGACGAGGAGAGUUGUGGGGAGGAUGACCAGAGUGUGAUCAGUUCAGUGACAGUGGGGUCCACGUGCUCCCUCCGGUCGGUGGCCAGCGAGGCACUGAGCACCAUCUGCAUCAAUGAGCACGGUGUGGCGGCCAAUGAGGAUGGAUCCUUGCUGUAUGCAGAAAUACCGGCGCCAUCCCCACUCCCGUCCUUCUCUCCUAGUCUGUUUUCUCAUGUACCACCUGCAAUAAAUUUUUGCCAUUACAAUGAGAAAACUCAAGAAAUGCCUGCCAUUAUUGGAAGGUUGCUCAAGUGGAGAUUCACCAACAUUACUCCUCUCAUAGUCAGAAGAACAAUUUCAAAUUCAGGCUUCAAAAUAACCAAAAAAACCUUGCAGUGGUGUGGCACGUGGGGGAAGCACAUGAAGUCUCCUUGCUUCAAGUCUGUUCGUGAAUUUCAGAAGAUCAACCAUUUCCCAGGGACCUUUCAGAUUGGCCGCAAAGAUAAAAUGUGGAAAAACUUCCUACGCCUUCAGACAAAGUUUGGGAAAGAGGAGUUUGGGUUCAUUCCUAAGACAUUUGUUCUUCCUGGAGACAUGAAAGCCUUAAAAGCCGCCUUUGACAAGGAGGGUGUCAAGAAGAAGUGGAUAGUCAAGCCUCCAGCUUCAGCCAGAGGGUCAGGGAUUCAGGUUGUCCACAAGUGGCCACAAGUGCCUACUGACUCAGCAGUAGUUGUUCAGAGAUACAUCAGCCGCCCAUACCUCAUCAAUGACACCAAAUUUGAUAUGCGUAUUUAUGUUCUUGUCACGUCAUUCCAUCCAUUGAGAAUAUAUCUUUUUCAAGAUGGACUUGUUCGAUUUGCAUCAGUCCAGUACAACAACGCCUCCACCAGCCUUGCGGACCGGUACAUGCACCUCACCAACUACAGUGUCAACAAGUCGUCGUCCUCAUACACCCACAACGCAGAUGCUGGCCAGUGUCAGGGCCACAAGUGGACACUCAAGUCCCUCUGGGGUUACCUCAAGGCACAAGGUGUGGACACACAAGCCUUGUGGAGCAGAGUAGCAGACCUUGUGAUCAAAACCGUCAUCAGUGGGGAGCAUGACAUUGUUAUACGAUCUCGGAAAAAUGUGCGGUCCAGGUAUUCUUGCCAUGAGUUGUUUGGCUUUGAUGUGAUAAUUGAUGAACGCCUUCGGCCAUGGCUCCUAGAAGUCAACAUCUCCCCUUCCCUGCACUCAGCCUCCCCCCUGGACCACUCAGUCAAAGGGCCACUCAUAGCUGACCUCCUCAACAUGAUUGCCUUUCAUAUUCCUGACAAACUGAGUCAGCAGGAGCAGACUAAUUUGCUGGCAGACCUAAACCUUGGAGAGAAGGUGACUGGCUUGUGUCUUGAUCGCAGACUCUACACAAGACUGCUGACCCCGGAAGAACAGCUGAAACAUACAACCAUCAACGCCAUGUCUCGGAAUGAGUACCUGACUGCUGCUUUGGAGAACCUCACCCCAGAUGAUAUGCGGCACUUGUUGAUAUCCGAGGAUGAACUCAACAGGGCUGUCAAAUUUACUCGCAUCUUUCCCACUGCUGAAACACAUCAGUACUUCGGGUUCAUGGAGAAGCCCCGGUAUUACAACAGACUGCUGGAUGCCUGGGAGAACAUGUACUCCAACUCAAGAAAUAUAGCCAUUGAACACAUAGAAUCCUUCUGCAGUGAGAAAUAUCAUCUCAAAGUACCUCCAACCUUCAAAAUGCCAAAGGUCACUGUCUCAGGCGGCUUCAAGGUCACUCCCAGACUGCCAUCCUCCCCCCUAAUGGGGAGGUCUCAGACAUCCACACCCCUGCAGCACCAGCAGCAGGUACCCUCCAAGCUCCUCCCACAGGCUCAGAAGGGGAAGAAGGUGCUGCUGUCACGCCGAGCUCGGAGGGUCAAGUUGUCGACGCAUCCACUGAAGCCAGCAAUAGUGUCUAGCUUCUUUUAUUUAAGGGGGCUCAGUGCUGGACACAAAGGGGGGGAGGAGGAGGAGGAGGAAGAAAAUGAUGAAGAGGAGGAGGAGUUAAUAGAUGUUGAAGAGAUGAGGGCUGAAGAACAGAUUACAACUGAGGAAGGAGCUUCACCAAUAGCCAAGGAGAACAAAGGAACUGUGGAACAGAUUGAACAUCUGAAAAUAUGUGAUGAAAAGUGACUCAUCUGGUAGUCUACGAAAUUUUAUUGUGAGCGUUUGACAUUCUUGUAAGCUAAAGUGAUAGCAUAGUUGAAUUUGACAUUUAUAAUAUUUAUUAUGAAAUAAACAGAAAUAACUUUUUUACCUUUGAGUAAGUUUUUUUCUUCCUGGUUUUGAAUGUCAUUUUAAAGUCAUAUACAAACAUCUGUUUAAGUCAUGUACAAACAUCUGUUUAUUUGAAAUACUUAAGUUUUGAGUUGCAGGAUCAUUUUUAUAAAAAAGAUUAAUCAGAAUAAAAAAUAUGAACUGAACUGGGUAAAGGAUACUUCUUGUCAGAACAGUUAAGUACAUGAACACUGUCAAUAAUUUCUUACAGCUCUUAGUGAUUUUAAUAUAAAAUCAUAUUUUUAUUGUAAUAACUGAUAUGUAUUCAUUAUUUCCAGAAAGGAAAUUAUUGUUCUAUACCUGUAUAUAUGUAUAUUUGUAUACUUAUUUUCAUUAAUUGAAGUUAUUUAUAAAGACUAGAUGUAGCCAUCCUUUCCUUAAGAGUUUGCUGCCCUUGGUGUUCAAAGUAGAGAGAUGUUAAGGUCAGAAUCGAAAGUAAGAAUCCUCAUGAAUGGAAGGGUGAUAAGACUUAAUACAUGAGCUAGCCUCAGGAGACUAAACUAUGAAGUUCAUGAAUAUCAAUUGACCCAAAGCACACCGGCACACUGCAUGGCACUGGCAGCUGCCAAAGGCUGGAGAUCUUUGCUACAGAAUGGGAAGUGGCUAGAGUAACUCAGGGACACUGGCUUACAUAAACUAGGAUGUGAUGUUACAUAAUGCCCUUGCAAGCAAGAGAGGAGACCAUUAUUAUUCCUAACUUGAAGGAAUGCUCAAUUAGUGAUAAAUUAUUUAAACUACCUUAUGCUGUUUGUAGUCAGUAGAGUAAUUUUUGCACUUUAGUACACCUUCCUAAACCAACAUUCCCAUCAGGUGUGUAAUCCUCUUCCAGAACUGAGGACCUAGGUCAAUGCUUAGCACAUAACAUUCCAAGUGCCAGGUAAUCCUGAAGUUUCUAAGGGUUAUUAUUUGAAAAACAUUUUGGGUUUUCCUAAAUGUACAAAGUUGAUAUAAAAAGUGCCUUUUA